CUGAGGCAGGAGAAUGGCGCCAACCCGGGAAGCGGAACUUGCAGUGAGCGGAGAUCACGCCACCGUACUCUAGCCUGGGCAACAGAGCGAGACUCCAUCUCCAAAAAAAGAAAAAGAAAAUAGAUCCUUGCUCAUCAGCCUCUCGUGCUGCUUAACACACUAUCUACUCUGGUGUCUGUCCCUGCCCAUCUGUUCUUUUUCUGGUCAGAAUCUGAAUGUCAGCUGUUACACGGUAUAAUGUAAACCAAUCGCAAAGGUAUUUCAAAAGAGAAUGAUUUGAAUUCCAAAGAUUUAAGAGAGGCCCUUGGAAGAAAUUCAUGAAGGCUUCCAUAUAUUUACAGAAAUGGCCCUCUGCAAAAGUCAGAGGGGACGUAAGGAUGUCUAUUAUGCCAUCCUCCAGCUGUGCAGAGUGACUACACUCCCCAAAACAGUACCUGAUAAGUUACUUUGAGGACUGAUGCAGAGUUGCAAGUAUAACUCAAUUUUGAAAGUAUUAUUUUUAAUUGACACAUAAUUAUAACCUCAGCUUUUAAAGACAAAAUUUCAAAAUAAGGUCCUAUUCAACCUUUGUGCCACAAAAAAACUGAAAUUUUGGUCCAUUUUCUUUAUAGAUUCACUUUGAGAGGCCUUUUUCAGGCAUAGUUAUUCUCAAACAACAAGAAACUCCUAUAAAUUAUAUUGUCACAAGAAGUCUCUUAUUUUUGCUAUAAUUGCCAUCAUGGCAUAAUGCAGGUAUUUCAGCUGCCAACACACCAGGCCAAACUGGAGUGCUGUGUCUCUAGACCCUUUGGUUUGUCCACAGAGGAAUCUAUCUUUAAUGGCCUCUUCCGUGGUAUGUUGUAUGAGCACUGGUCUGUUUUCUCAGCCCCCAAUGUGGGGUGCAGCUGCCUCCUAUGCCCCUCCUUCCCUUAGGAUGCGGAAGGGAGAGCUGUUUGACUAUCUCACAGAGAAGGUAGCCCUCUCAGAAAAGGAAACCAGGUCCAUCAUGCGGUCUCUGCUGGAAGCAGUGAGCUUUCUUCAUGCCAACAACAUUGUGCAUCGAGAUCUGAAGCCCGAGAAUAUUCUCCUAGAUGAUAAUAUGCAGAUCCGACUUUCAGAUUUCGGGUUCUCCUGCCACUUGGAACCUGGCGAGAAGCUUCGAGAGUUGUGUGGGACCCCAGGGUAUCUAGCGCCAGAGAUCCUUAAAUGCUCCAUGGAUGAAACCCACCCAGGCUACGGCAAGGAGGUCGACCUCUGGGCCUGUGGGGUGAUCUUGUUCACACUCCUGGCUGGCUCGCCACCCUUCUGGCACCGGCGGCAGAUCCUGAUGUUACGCAUGAUCAUGGAAGGCCAGUACCAGUUCAGUUCCCCUGAGUGGGACGACCGUUCCAGCACUGUCAAAGACUUGAUUUCCAGGCUGCUGCAGGUGGAUCCUGAAGCACGCCUGACAGCUGAGCAGGCCCUACAGCACCCCUUCUUUGAGCGUUGUGAAGGCAGCCAAUCCUGGAACCUCACUCCCCGCCAGCGGUUCCGGGUGGCAGUGUGGACAGUGCUGGCUGCUGGACGAGUGGCCCUAAGCACCCAUCGUGUACGGCCACUGACUAAGAACGCACUGUUGAGGGACCCUUAUGCGCUGCGGUCAGUGCGGCGCCUCAUCGACAACUGUGCCUUCCGGCUCUAUGGGCACUGGGUGAAGAAAGGGGAGCAGCAGAACCGGGCAGCUCUCUUUCAGCACCGGCCCCCUGGGCCUUUUCCCAUCAUGGGCCCUGAAGAGGAGGGAGACUCUGCUGCUAUAACUGAGGAUGAGGCCGUGCUGGUACUGGGCUAGGACCUCAACCCCAGGGAUUCCCAGGAAGCAGAACUCUCCAGAAGAAGGGUUUUGAUCAUUCCAGCUCCUCUGGGCUCUGGCCUCAGGCCCACCACUGAUCCUGCUACCCUCUUAAAAGACUAGCCCGGUACCUGUCUUCCCACCAGCCAGGGCUCUGAGAUCAGAGCUGCGGUGGAAGGGAGCCACUCUGAAUGCCACACCUGGCCCAGUCAGUGCUGCCUGCGCUGCGUAUGAAAUAAAACCCACUACACACCAGGGAGA